CGAAGCCUCACCUCACUGUAAAAAAUGUAACGAAGCUCUCUCUCAAGUCUCAACCAUGGCGGAAUUGAACCAAGGCAACACCAAUGGAGCUGAGGAACCAGAAGAAGACGACGACUACAUGGGGGAUCUCUCUCGUUUUAUUCCACCGGAAACCUCUCUCCCUCCAAAACCUGCUUCCAAAAAGGUCUCCAACAACAAAACCCUAAUUGCUCAAUCCUCCAAGAAGCAGUCCAAAAUUUUAAACUGGCAAGAACGGCGUAAACUUGAAAGAGAGCGAAAGCAGCAAGAGGAGGAUGAGCAAACAUUAGCAAAAGUGGAGGCACCAAUCCCACAAUCCAACAUUGGAUUCAAACUUCUGAAGCAAAUGGGGUACACUCCUGGUUCAACCCUAGGAAAGGAGGGGUCAGGCAGGAUUGAACCUGUGGGGAUUGAGAUUCGAAGGUCACGAGCUGGGAUUGGUCGAGAGGACCCCCACAAGGAGAAGAGGAAGGAGGAGGAGCUCAUGGCUGAGAAGAAGAGGAGAAAAGUAGAAACUUUGAUGGUAGAGUUUGGGUCUUGGCAGAAGUCACAGUGGCAUAGUCGAAAAGUUGUAGUUAAUUUUAAAAAGGCAAAGGCCGCUCUUGAUCAAUUGGAGAAUAAGGAAUUUGUGGAGCCUGAGAAGAAUGAGGAUGAAGAGGAGGGUGAACAGGCAGAAGAUGAAGAGGAGGAGAUAACAGAAGAGGAUUUGCAGGAUAUAUUGAUGAAACUUAGAGAUGAAUAUCAGUACUGCCUCUUCUGUGGAUGUCGGUAUGAAUCAGUGGAGGCACUGUUGGCUAACUGCCCAGGAACUGAUGAAGAUGACCAUUAAAACUGUAAGAGUUGCUAGCUCUAUUCCAAUGGAAGAUUAGGUGUACAGCUGUUAUUUUUGCAAGUGGAUCUCUUUCUCAGUGCUCUGCCAUCCCACUAUCAUGAGAUGAGUGGAUAGCAGAAAUGAGUCUCCAAAAGAGCAACUUGAUCCCGGGGUUUCCCAUCAAUUGGAUUAGACCUGUACACCAUGUAUAUACAUUCUUUGAAUAUUCUCCCAUGUAAAGGAUUAAGAACCACACAAAAUUAUAGAAUUCACUGAAUUCUCUCAUGGGAGGAGUUGUACGUGUAUUGAAGGAUCACAGGGACUGACAAAAAGCUUCCCUAGUCAUAUGAUAUUUAGAACGCAAGAAUUUUCUGUUUGAUGAGGUUCCAACUAGCCUGCCCCAUUGUAUAGCACUGCGAUAGAGAAACAGUGCGUGGACCUAUAUUUUAAAAUUUAUAGUCAAUAAUGCUAUGGAUACAAUUUUAUUCGCAACA